CGUGCGAUCGUUACGUUUCAGUCGAUGCCAAGACACGGAGUAAGAUGCGAGUAUUUCAUAGCGAGUAGUAAUUUUGUGAAUUUUUAAACAUGUCUGCAUUUAAUACGAAAAAAUCAGGAAAAUCGAUAAUUACGAGUGGGAAUCGAUAGUGAAACUACAUAAAAAGAAAGAUCUUAUCGAGAAAUUGCGAAACAUGCGAGGAAAUGUGGUUGACUGUACGCUACAUAAUUUAGAAAUGGAAAAACGAAAGGGAUAGUAUCCUAUAAUAACGCUACAGGACGAAGGAAGAAACGAUCUUCCAGAGGAGAGAAGAGAAGUUUAUUAUAGGGAAACACGUAGCGCAAGAACUUUAAACUUGUCGAUUAUACCGCAAUAUGCCGACUAUUUGGCGAAGGAAAAAGUCACCGGUGUUCUUGUAAAUGGAACGACCGGGGAAGGGCCAUCCAUGACUACGAGCGAAAGAAAAUUAGUUGCCGAGGCGUGGGCAAAUGCCGUGAAAACAACGAAGCAACAUUUGAUGAUUCAAGUGGGCGGUACAUCUCUUCCCGAUGUUCUUGAACUUGCAAAACACGCUGAAAACAUUAAAGCAGAUUCUAUUCUCUGUCUACCGGAGUUAUACUUCAGCCCAAGCACUUCCGACCAAUUGAAGGAUUAUUUGAAGCUAGUCAGUUCAGCAGCUCCAAAUACACCGCUUCUGUAUUAUCAUAUUCCGAGCUUGACUAACGUUAAUGUGCAUAUGGCGCAGUUUCUUGAAUCUGUUAACGAAGAGGAGAUUCCAACUUUCGUAGGAAUAAAAUUCACAAGCUCUAGCUUAGACGAAGGUGUUCAAGCUUUUCACGUUGGUAACAAUAAAUUCGCCGUAUUUCUCGGAAACGAUCAGUUGAUAACCGCUGCUUGUGCAUUAGGAAUGAAUUCUUUUAUAACAACAGGUUCAAAUAUGUUCUCCGAAAUUGUACUCGAAACUCUUGCAGCCGGUCUUGCAGGAAACGUCGUGAAAGGAAAAGAAACGCAACAACGUUUGACAAACGCUGUGAUGAACGUAUCGAAAUAUGGAACCUGGGUAGAGACCAUGAAACCAGCAAUGACUCUGUUAACGAGCAUCAAUCCUGGACCUCCACGUGCACCUCUGAAACCUUUGUCUGUUCAAACUGUGGCAUCAAUGGCAAAAGAUUUACAAAAUUUAGGAUUUAACGUAAAACUCUAAUGUAUCAAAAAGGGCACGGAAAUAAUGUUUACCAUUAUCUUUCCAAAUAAAAUUUAUGCAAAAUAA